AUGGCUGGUAGAGUGGCAGACAAGCGUAUGAGAGAUAGUGAAAGGAAGCGAGCUCAGCGUAGAGAGGAGGAGAAAAAGCGGGAGGCUGAUGAUAAGGAGAUUGACAGGCGGGCACAGGAGAAGGAAACUAGGUUGCUGAAAGACAGCGAGAGGAAAAGUGUACAGCAGCUGGAGGAGAAGAAGCUCCAUCGGGAAAGGGAAGCCAAGUCCAUUAGAGUGACAGGAAACGGGCUCAACGCAGAGAGGAGGAGACGCAGCAUUUUGAGAACAAGAGAAUGGUUAUUCAAGGACACUCGCCCGAAGAGGGUCAAAGUUGAAGUAAUGGAUGCUGCGAAGAGCGCCGACAAGCGUAAAAUAUCUCUAGUCGUACUAAAAGGGGAGAGAAUGAUUGAUCUUACGUCAAUCUCGCCACCUCCCAUUGCUGCUCCACUCCAGAAACCUUUGGCACAUAAGUACCAAAAGCCAACUCUGAUAUCAAUCAAUGAUACCAUCUUGAUUCGAGGAACUGUUGUCACAUAUAAUAUUAUCGACAACAAGGAGUUGAUUCCACUCAAGCGCAUUAGAGUUGACGACACAAUUUCUUUUGAAGAAUUUGAGAAAUACUUUGAGAUUCAGUUACAGAUAUAUGGUAGUUCAAAAUACAGCAUGUGCUAUUUACUAGUUCGCUUUCGGCCUCAUGCGCAUCCACUCAACCAAGGCACUUGGAAGGAAAUGAUUAAGGGUCGCCAUAUGGUAGAUAUCGGGCUUGUUAAAAGAGGGGACUGGGGUGGAAUUGGCUACAAGGAGGACUACGAGACCAUGAAAGUUGAACCAACCGUUACACAGGUUGCAGUAACACCUUUUAUGGAAAGGGCCAAAAGGAAUACAUAUAGCAAUUUGAACGUUGAGCAGUACCAAAUCACAAUGCCUCCUCCACCUCCACCAACAAAGCCGGUUCUCCGCGGAAUAUCCAGCUUGGAAUUAGGCACAAGCUCUCAAUUUAUAAUUUCACGGGAUGUUAUGGAGACCGUUGUUCCAAGUUUAGCUAUUCAGCGUAGGCUGGCAGGGCUUGACGGUGGCAAACACCGAUACAGAGGCUCGAGAAAGUUAAUUAGCUCGGAAUUUGGAGCCUCAGAAGUAGAAGAUUCGGAGAAGGAGCGUACAAAACUUGCCACCGAAGAGAAUCGUAUCAAAAAGGAAGUUAACCCAAAAAAGGAUGAACUUGACACUAAAACUAAAAAGGUUGAAGUUGAUGCCAAGACAACAAAGAUUGAACUUAGCGUUAAUCCAAAGAAUGAAACCGACGUUGGCGGAAAGAGGAUAAAAUUUAUAUUAAUAAUACUGCCCAAGCGUUGGGGAUGA